UCAGUCGCCGUCGAGCUACGCGCUACGGGUAGCGCUACGCCGCCGUAGCUCUGACUCUUCAACACCGACAAAGUGUAGUGACAUUGUGAUCUCAAAGUAAUUCAUUUCGGAUACAGAUAAAAAGAUAUAGCAUUUGGAUCGGUAAACUGACAACACAAAUAUGGCAUUCGCUGGACUCAAGAAACAAAUCAAUAAAGCCAACCAGUAUGUCACAGAAAAGAUGGGCGGUGCCGAGGGCACCAAACUGGACCUGGACUUUGUGGAAAUGGAAAGAAAAACAGACGUUACAUGCGAGUUAGUAGAAGAAUUACAAACGAAAACGAAAGAAUUUCUUCAACCAAACCCCACGGCGCGUGCAAAGAUGGCUGCCGUAAAGGGCAUUAGCAAACUCAGCGGGCAGGCCAAGAGCAAUACAUACCCUCAGCCUGAGGGAGUGUUGGGAGACUGUAUGCUGCACUAUGGCAAGAAACUAGGCGAGGAUACUGUCUUCUCACAAUGCCUGAUCGAGAUGGGCGAAGCUAUGAAGCAGAUGGCGGACGUGAAGUACUCGCUGGAUGACAACAUCAAGCAAAGCUUCCUCGAACCCCUACACCAUCUGCAAACGAAAGACCUUAAGGAGGUUAUGCAUCACCGAAAGAAACUACAGGGACGUAGACUCGAUUUUGACUGCAAACGACGUAGACAAGCAAAAGCUCAUAUUCCAGAUGAUGAGAUUCGACAGGCAGAGGAGAAAUUCGCAGAGUCGCUGACACUAGCUCAGAUUGGCAUGUUCAACCUUCUUGAUAAUGAUGUGGAGCAAGUUGCGCAGCUAACUUUCUUUGCCGAGGGUCUGUUGGAGUACCACCAACAGUGCACAGAGAUCCUGAAGGGACUCGUUUCUACCCUUUUGGAGAAGAAAGAAGAAGCCAUCAGCCGUCCCAAGUUGGAGUUCGUACCAAAGACCCUAGCAGACCUGCACAUCGAGGGCGUUCACGAUAUGAACAAUGGUAGGCGGUACGGUUCCACUCAGAGCCUCUCCCGCCCCCACAUCUCCAUCCCCCCUUCCUCGUCUGUCGGCGACCUUUCCGAUCCCCUCAGGGCCUGGGAGUCGCCAGCGAGACCGAUAGGCAGACAACCUAUGGCCCCCGCCCCUGGUUUCAAGCCACACCCAGCACCGAGAAAUCAAUUCAAUGGCAGGGACCCUUGGAAAGCAUCGCCGCUGCCAUCGCCUGUUAAGUCGCCAGCGCGGACACCGAUGAUGACGCCCAACAAGGCCCCGUGCUGCACUGCGCUUUAUGACUUCGAGGCCGAGAAUCAGGGCGAACUGGGAUUCAAGGAGAAUGACGUUAUCACGCUGAUCAGCAAAGUCGAUGACAACUGGUUUGAAGGCUCGGUCAACGGCAAGACGGGCUACUUCCCCAUCAGCUACGUUCAGGUCACUGUACCCCUACCCAACAUGUAAACUUCACUAUGAUAAAUUGUAAUACAACUUUUCUUAAGGCUGCUCACGACUUUACUAAAGCAUUAUGUUUGGAUACCACGGCGAGGUUAACACACUUCUAGACGACGGGAAUUUAUCUAUAACGAUUUUUUAGAGUUGGGAAUUGCAAAUGACAAAGUAAAAACUAACAUUAAAGCAAACUAAACAUUAAAGUAAACACACAGUGAGUGUAGAGGCCCGGGGUCGAUUCUCGGUAGGACCAAUUUGGCAAGUGAACUUUUCUAAAUUGGUUCUGAUCUGGGUGUUCAGGUUAGGGCCCCAGGCUGAAUUCUGUUGCUCUGGUAAGUACCAGUUUUCAAAAACGGCUUUUUAGAACCACCGACGCGAAACGCAUUUUUCGCCCUUAUUACACUGACGUAACGGUGCUUUACUGUCUUAGGGUCGUAUUCCAGAACUCUACUCAAUGCUCAAGUCAGGAUUUGAGCAGACUUGAGUAUGAUUUCAAGCACUGGAAAUACGACCCUAAUGGCAAGGACUUGAG